UGGCAACCAUCACUUCCUGGAGGUGCGCCCCCUUCUCCCUUCCGCCACUCCCUCCCUGCUGUCAGCCUGCAACGCCGCCCGCGCCCCGCGGCUCUGCAGAACUAAAUGUCGAUUGGCUGCGUUGUCGAGAGGGGAGGCUGAGGGAUGAGCACCGAGGCGCCACCAUCUCCCUGCGGCCCGGCUCACACGCACUCGCUCGGGUGUUUCCGCCUCCCCCGCUCGGGUGUUUCCGGCCGCCCGCCGAGCCGUGCCCAUGUCGGACGCGCUCUCCGCCACCGCCGGCUGCCGCUCCGAGCCCCCGGGCGGCGGCACCGCGCCCCGGGGCCCCGCAGAAAAUGAAGACUCAGCCCAAAAGACAGAGCCUGCAGAUCAGCUAGUUGAUUCUAUGGAGUCCAGUACUUCACCGAGCGGGUCACCGGCUGGGGCACACCUGAGGGCAGACUCAACAGAGCAUUCCAAGGAAGAAAUUGGCACUCUGGGGAACCAGAAAGUGGCUGUACUAGAAGAGAAGCUGCCUGACCAAAUCCAGUCUCUCAAAAAGGAAGCUGUUCGAUUAACCAACUACCAUGUACCUCAGGGAGUAGGGGAUAUAGUCAUGAUUCAGUCAGAUCACACUGGUGCUGUGGAUAUCCUUUCAGCUGAGCUGGAGACUGCAGACCUCCUUGGGGAGCAGAGAAAAGCUCAGCCUCCACCUCUGGCUGCACCCACCAUGUGGACCACUGAGAAGAUGAAGGAAUUCAAAGCCAAGAUGGGAAAGGAGAAGAAUGGCCGGAUGGUGGUGAAGCGAGGCGAGGUGGUGACAGUGCGUGUGCCAACCCAUCCUGACGGGAAAUGCAUUUGCUGGGAGUUUGCUACGGAUGACUACGACAUUGGCUUUGGAGUCUAUUUUGACUGGACCACAGUUACUAGCACUGCCAUUACUGUUCAGGUCAGUGAAUCCAGUGAUGAGGAGGAUGAAGAGGAGGACGAGGAAAUUGAAGGACUGUCCCCUGUAGGUGAUGUGGAACGGGGUUCCAAAAGCUAUCUGCGGAACCGCUAUGGAGAGAUCCUGCCUGUGUACCGCAGGAACAGCCAUCGGGAGGUGCAGGCAGGCAGCCACGAGUACCCGGAUCUGGCAGUGAAGGAGUUGCAAGGCAGUCCCAGCCCUCGGUGGUGCCAUGCCAUGUGCCUCAGUGACCUGGGGACAGCUGUUCUCAUUGGUGGAGAAGGUGUCAAUCAACAGUCCUGCAGGGAUGCUCUCUGGAAGCUGGAAAUUGACAGUGAUUUAUGGCUUCCAGUGGGUUUCAAGCUACAAAAUGCCAUGCCAUCAUGCUUACAUGGUCACACAGCUACCUACGACCCUGACACCAAGCGUAUCUACAUCUUUGGGGGCAUAAGGGAGGACAAAGACUACAGCAGCAUCUACAUUCUGGACACAGUCACCUGGAAAUGGCUCCUUGUGGCUGCUAAAGGAAGGAUACCAGUGCUCACCUACCACAGUGCAACUAUUUACCACAAGGAGCUCUUUGUUUUUGGAGGAACUUUCCCCAGAAAGACAUCGCUGGCAGUUGCACCCUGCAGCAAUGUGCUCUAUGUCUUCAAUCCAGAGCAUGAAAUUUGGUAUCAGCCCAUUUCAGAAGGGGAGAAGCCUCUGCCUAGGCUUGGGCAUUCAGCUACUCUAUUGAAAAACAAGCUGCUGAUUUUUGGGGGUCAGAGGACUUCUGUCUACCUCAGUGACAUGCACAUUCUGGAUCUGGGUUUCAUGGAGUACACAUCAGUCCCACUCCUGGCAGGACAGCCUUCUGCACGUUGUCAAAAUACAGUGGAUCUUCUCUCUGCUGUGGUGCCAGGAGUUCCUGUGCUGUCCUUGUUGGUGCCUGUAUGGUGUGGGGGAAUAUUCCUUAGUCUCCUUGGAAGACUCCUCUGUCUUCAGGCUAGGGUAAGUUUUCUGCUGUGUACUGGUAAACCGUAUGGCCUGCUGUUUGGUCUUCACAGUGCCUGGAGAGAUACUGUGCCACACAGGGGAAGAAACUCCUGUACCAGGACUAUGCUCUUCCUAAAGGGACAGAAUUGCUCCCUAGAACCAUGAUCUAAAUCAAUGCAGAGCCCAGCUAGCCUGCUAUCUCACCCCACAGAGCAAAGCUUAGGAGUUUUGAUAGCUCCUUCUGAGAUAAUGAGUUGCUC